AUGAAUAAAGGGAAUGACAGCAGCUGGUUGAACAGGUCCUUGGCCGAGCCGGACCGCUUCAGCAACCUGGAGGAUAUCGACGUGACAGCGGAUGGGAGCCCGGUCCUCCGAUUCCUCAUUUGUCUUGUUUACUCUGUAGUUUGCGCAGCGGGAUUGGUGGGUAACUUAUUAGUCCUUUUCUUUAUCAGAGUCAAACAAGAGAGGAAGAAGUCCAGAAUUAACUUUUUCGUGCUCAACUUGGCAGUGACGGACUUCCAGUUCGUGUUGACCCUGCCCUUCUGGGCUGUGGACACCGCGUUGGACUUCAGCUGGCCGUUUGGAGACGCCAUGUGCAAAAUCAUCCUCUCGGUCACCGUGAUGAACAUGUAUGCCAGUGUGUUUUUUCUCACUGCAAUGAGUGUGACCCGCUACUGGUCCGUCUACUCCGCUCUGAAGAACAGAAGCACACAGAAUGUCUGCUCCGCCAAAUGGGUGUGCGCCCUGAUUUGGGCACUGGCGACGGUGGCGACGACACCAACUUCUAUUUUCUCCACCGUCUCCAACGUAACGGGAGAAAAACUCUGUCUGUUGAGAUUCCCGGGUGGACAAUACUGGCUGGCAGUUUACCACAUCCAGAAAAUACUCGUUGCUUUUGUGUUACCUAUGUUCAUCGUCUCCUUCAACUACAUCAUGCUGCUGCGAUUGAUUCGCAAUCGGAGUAUGAAAACGAGAAACCCCAAACGGAGAUCCCAAGUCACAAAAUCUGUCACCAUCGUCGUGCUGACCUUCUUCCUCUGCUGGAUGCCAAACCAUGCCAUCACCUUUUGGAGUGUGUUGGUUAAGCUGAAUGCUGCGAACUGGGACAGAGCAUAUUACAUAGUCCACACCUAUGUGUUCCCUGUGACCGUGUGCCUUGCGCACACCAACAGCUGCUUAAACCCGAUCAUCUACUGCCUCAUGAGAAAAGAGUUCAGAAACAAGCUGAGGGGGAUGUUAUGUCGGGAAUAG